GCCAAGCCCUGUUUAUGGGAGGGAGUUUACUUGGACUUGAACAGUUUUACGGGCCAAAGGACAUAGGAGCUCAGGUUCAUCUGUCGAGUAGUCGCAACUCCUCUCUUAGAGUCAAAUCGGCAUCAUGGUGAAAGAACUGUACGUAUCCAAGGUUUUUGCCGUUAUCUCCGUUAUCCUGACCGUCUCGGCCAUCGCCGGCGUUAUCACCAUGGUAGCCGUGUACCAGAUUCAGAUCGGUGAGACUCCCCCGACACCGCGUCCAACUUUCCCACCCACCACACCGUUCCCAACAAGACCCCCGCUGAAUAUGCGGCUGCCGGGGAACCUGGUACCUGAGAGCUACAAGCUGUACCUCCAGCCUCACCUCUACACCCGCAUCACCGAGGUCGUCAACGUCACCAGCCCCAACCAGACCUUUAUCUUCACUGGAAACUCCACUGUGGACUUCCACUGCGUCCAGAAAACCAAGACCAUUUUCCUCCACAGCAAGGACCUGACACUUCAUGGGGUAAAGGUGACAAACAGAGACACAAAGGAAGAGAUAACUGUCAGUGGCAUGAAGCAUCAUGAGGAUGAGAGUGACUUUCUUGAGAUCCAGCUGGGUGAGGUCCUAGAGGAACAAGGGAAUUAUAGUCUCUUUGUGGCCUUUGAGGGGGACUUGAUGAACGAUCUGGCUGGACUCUAUGUAAGCAGAUACAACGAAGGGGACCCGAUCGAUGGAGACAACACAGAGAGGUACCUCGUCAUUAGUCAGAUGCAGCCCACAGACGCAAGAAAAAUGUUUCCUUGUUUUGACGAGCCAGCAAUGAAAGCUGUUUUUGACGUGACCAUCAUCCAUAGGCGAGACACUACAGCACUGGCAAAUUGGGGAAAAGCAGAUUCCAGCAGUUUAGAUGAUGAAUGGACUGUGACCCAGUUCUACCCGACAAAGAGAAUGUCCACAUACCUCCUUGCCAUUGCAGUGUCAGAGUUUAAAAAACCUAAGGAAUCCCCACAACACCGAGUGGAGAUUAACACAUAUGCUCGUCCUGAAGCUAUCGAGGCAGGCCAUGCUGACUACGCAGCCAUCAUCACUAGAAAGAUUCUCAAGUUCUAUGAAGAUUAUUUUGCUAUUGACUAUCCUCAGACAAAGCUAGACCAGAUAGCAGUGCCGGACCUCGGUCCUGCAGCCAUGGAAAACUGGGGGCUGGUGACUUACCGAGAGACGGCCCUGCUGUAUGACGACAAAAUUUCCUCAUCGUUCAACAAGGAAUGGAUUGCCUUGGUCAUUUCACACGAAAUUGCCCACCAGUGGUUUGGAAACCUGGUGACAAUGAAAUGGUGGAAUGAAGUUUGGCUGAACGAGGGCUUCGCCACCUACAUGUCAUACCUGGCAGUCGAACACACGGAGCCUGACUGGAACAUUAAAGACAUAUUUGUUGUGAACGACCUCCACACUGCCUUCGAGUGGGACUCUCUGGCCUCAUCUCACCCUCUGAAUGCCCAUCAGGAUGAAGUCCAGACUCCUGUGCAGAUCAUUGAACAGUUUGAUGACAUCACCUACUGUAAGGGGGCAACUGUACUGAGGAUGGUGAAAGACGUUGUGACUGAAAGAGUGUUCCACAGGGGUAUUAAAAUGUAUCUCAACGCUUUCAAGUAUGGUAACACUGACCACGAAGACCUGUGGGUGCAUUUACAAAAGGCGGUGGAUGAAAAUUAUGGCAAUACCAAGGUUGCCGCAUUGAUGGACACAUGGACCAAUCACAAGGGUUAUCCUGUCAUCACUAUAAACACUAACAAUGGAGCCAUCAGCCAGAAGCGUUUCCUGUUCAAUCAGACCUCAGACUCUAGUCCUGUAUGGAUCAUCCCAAUCAGAGUCAUGUCAGAGAAAUCUGACGUUUCAUUGAUCAUGCUGAACCACAUCUCAGACAGGAAGAACGAGUUCAUCUCUAACGAUGGACAGUGGAUUUUGGCCAACGUCAACUGCUACGGAUACUUCAGAGUCAAUUACAACCAAGAGAACUGGGAAAGGCUCCUGACUCAGCUGGAGACCGACCGAGAUCUCAUCCCAGUCAUUAACAGAGGCCAGCUUGUCGAUGAUGCGUUUAACCUAGCAAGGGCCAAACUUGUGGAUGUGAGGCUGGCACUGAAUUCGACACGGUUUCUUUAUAAUGAGACAGAAUACAUACCCUGGGAGUCUGCAAUGACAAAUCUAAACUACUUCGUCCUCAUGUUUGACCGCUCUGAGGUCUACGGACCCAUGCGGACAUAUCUAAGGAGGCAGGUCAAAGGUCUGUACAACUUCUUUAGGAACUACACAGACAACUCAACAGUUCCAAGUGACCACUCACAACAGCACAACCAGAUCAAUGCCAUCGCUGUGGCAUGCACUAAUGGGCUCCCAGAAUGCCAGAUAAUGGCAACAACGAUGUUCAAGAACUGGAUGGAGAAACCAAGCCAAAACAACAUCAACCCCAAUCUACGGUCUGUCAUCUACUGCAAUGCCCUGGCUGCCGGUGGGGAGGAUGAGUGGGAGUUUGCCUGGAAGAUGUUCCAGAACUCCACCAUCGCUGCAGAAAGGGACCUCCUCCGCCAAGCCCUUUCCUGUACCAAGAAGAUCUGGUUGCUCAACAGAUAUUUGGAGUACACCUUGGACCCUGACAAGAUACGGAAGAUGGACACUGUUUCUACCAUCAACUACAUUGCCAGGAACGUGGCGGGGCAAGCCCUGGCCUGGAACUUCAUCCGAGGUCACUGGACGUACAUCAACGAGGAGUAUGGCGGAGGGAUGAUGCCCCUUGGCAUGCUGAUUGAAGGGGUGACGUACAGAUUCUCAACAGACUUUGAACUCCAGGAGCUGAAGGAAUUCCAGAUGGAGCAUGAUGAUGAAGUGCACAGGGCCCUGGAACAAGCUAUAGAGCGCACCGAGGCCAACAUCGAGUGGGUCAGGGAGAACAAGCAGACAGUCCUGGAGUGGUUCAAAAGAGAACUGAGCUUAUAGAACCAAACAAUCUGGACU